GACCAACGAAAAUCUCGCACUAAUUACUUGAAAAUCUGAAGCACAAAACUCACAGAUCAAAAUCUCUAAUUCACCCGACCCACAAAAUAUCACCGAUAUUACACAUAAUCCCAUCUUCAAAUCCCCGUACAGAUCAAACAACACCCAUUCAUAUAUUCAAAACAAACCCUAAACCCCAAUUUAAUUACAUAACCAGAAUUCUCAUCAACAUACCCAAAUCCAAUUUCACUACAAUCUCGAUCAAAUCACAACAAAACAAACUAUCCAAAACCUCAACAAAUUACAUAAAUUUCACGUAUUUAGAGUCCCAUGUAUAUGAAAAGGCUUACAAACAAGAGACAAGACGAGUAGGACGAGCAAAAACCCAAAGUUCCUACGAAGCACUUCAUUCCACGGAGGCCGGAGCAUAAAGAACGGUGAAGAAGGAAAUGAUCAUAGUUAAGAUCAUUUGAGUGGCGAGAAUUUCGUAGAUCUUGCAAAUGAAGUCCUAAGGGAGUUGAUUCUCGUCAUGGCUCAAACCUGGGUACAGAGUUGAUAGUAUGAUUCGAUGUCAACAUCUUCCUUUCAAGUUGUGUGUAUAAUUUAUGGGUGGAGUUUCUGAAUUAGGUUUAAUUUGGAAGUUGAAUUGAUGGUUCUAAAUUAGGAUAAAUAUGUGGGUUUGUGUUGGAUCGGGUUAGUAUUGGAUCGGGUUUAAAGAUUAGCGGGUUAAGAAGCUGAUUUGUCACGUGAUGUGGCACUAUCAAACGGCAGGCCGUUUAAAGUCAAACAUAUUUAACGGCCGUGAAAAUUUUUGUGUGUUUAGUGAUUCAUUUGAAAUAUUUACGCUAUUAGGUGAUUUGAAUGAAAGCUUUUCGAGUUUGAUGAUCCAAAUGAAAAUUCGUAGUCAGUUGAGUGACCAAAACGCCAUUUAACCCCUAAAUGAUGUAACUACCUAAAAGCAUCUAAAAUAAGUUUCGAUGUUAGCUCUUAACUAAAAAAAAUCCAAAAGUUUUGAGCAGUGAGCGGUGAAGUAUUGUUCCAGGAGUUUAAUGAUACAAAUGUGCUAUAAAAGAUUAAUAUAGCAAGUUAAAGACAAGUUUGUUAGAUUUGUGUUGUUCUGAUUUAAAUAUCCCAAAAGUUGGUAUACCAGAUAAGUUCUGCAGAAUAUCAGAGUUGUGGAUUCAUAGAAAUGCAGUAGGAAUAUAUACUAAUUAUCGCGAUUUUUGAUUCAUUUACAGACUUCUAUAGUUCUAUUCCCAUGGCCCUCGUUCCCAUUCUGCUCACAAUUAUCUCGGUGAUAUUACUCGUAUCUCGAUUUUAUAGUAGGCCUUAUCCACCAGGGCCGAGAGGCUGGCCGGUGAUUGGCAAUAUGCUGAUGAUGGAUCAGUUAACUCACCGUGGGCUCGCAAAGCUUGCGAGCCAGUACGGUGGUAUUUUCCACCUCCGCAUGGGAAUUCGACACAUUGUAGUCGUGUCGAGUCCUGACAUGGCACGCCAAGUCCUGGAAGCUCGAGACAAAGUUUCCAAUCGGCCUACUAGUAUUGCUCUGGAUUACCUUUCGUAUGGCACGGCCAAUAUGGCCUUUGCUGACUACAGCCCUUUCUGGCGUCAGAUGCGCAAAAUAUGUGUCAUCAAGCUCUUUAGCCGCGCACGGGCGGAGUCAUGGGACUCUGUCCGUGACGAGCUGAAUGAAAUGCUCAGAGUGGUUGCAUCAAACGCUGGUCAGGCGGUUAAUAUAGGUGAGUUGGUGUUUGGGUUUGCGGAGAGGAUCAUCUAUCGGGCUGCAUUUGGAUCAAGAUUGAGCGACGGGCACGAUGAUUUUCUUAAAAUAAUGCAAGAAUUUUCAAAAUUAUUUGGUGCUUUCAAUAUAUGUGAUUUUAUUCCAGGGUUGAGUUGGGCUGAUCCUCAAGGGUUCAAAGCUAGACUUAGCAAGGCUCGGGGAUCACUAGAUGCGUUCAUCGACUCCAUUAUAGAACAACACAUAUCAAAAAGAAAGGGGAAAAAUAUCACAGGGCGCGAUGAAGGGAACAAUGACAUGGUGGACGAGUUAUUGGCCUUUUACGCUGAUGUUGGAGAAGCAAAAGCUGAUUCUGACGAUUUAUCGAGUUCUAUCAAACUCACAAGAGAUAACAUUAAGGGCAUUAUUAUGGACAUAAUGUUUGGAGGGACGGAGACUGUAGCGGCCGCUAUAGAGUGGGCAAUGUCGGAGCUCCUGAGAAAUCCAGAGGAGCUGAAAAAGACUCAGGAAGAGCUUGCCAACACAGUGGGACUCCACCGCUGUGUCGAAGAGGGAGACUUUGAGAAACUCACUUACCUCAAGUGCGUUCUCAAAGAGACGCUACGGCUCCAUCCUCCCCUCCCUUUUCUUUCUCGUGCCACAGCCGAGGACUUAAAUGUCGCUGGCUACUAUAUCCCAGCCAGGUCUCGCCUCGUGAUCAACCUUUGGGCAAUGGGGCGUGACAGGAAGUGUUGGAAUGACCCUGAAGCAUUCAAGCCCUCCAGGUUUCUCAAUGUGGGUGCACCGGACUACAAAAUGAACAAUUUCGAGUUCUUACCAUUUGGGACGGGGCGCAGAUCAUGUCCAGGCAUGCAGCUUGGCCUUUACACGUUUGAAAUGGGCGUCGCUCACCUGCUUCAUUGCUUCAACUGGGAACUGCCUGAUGGUAUGAAGCCGACCCAAGUCGAUAUGAGUGAUGUUUUUGGACUGUCAGCUCCGAAGGCCACUCGACUCACAGCUGUUCCGAGUCCACGCCUCAAGUGUCCGAUUUAUUAACGUAAAAUGCUCGGUAUCCUGAAAAUUGUACCCGAAUUUCGGUGUGUACGAUUUAACGAGAAUUCUGUAUGAUUUUAUUUUA